AUGGCGUCAGAGCGAGAGGGGCGUGGGCUGCCCAUUGCCCCAGGCCAGGUGUACAUCGAGGUGGAGUAUGAUUAUGAGUACAAGGCCAAGGAGCGCCAGAUCUCCAUCCGCCAGGGAGAGUGCUACAUGCUGGUGAAGAAGACCAACGAGGACUGGUGGCAGGUCAAAAAAGAGGAGGGGACCAAGGCGUUUUACAUACCCGCGCAGUACGUCAGAGAGGUCCGCAAGGCCCUCAUGCCCCCUCCCAAGCCCCUGCACCUGGGGCAUCACGGUGGAGGGAGCGGGGGAAACUCGCUCUUGGUCAAGGCAAGCGUCUCUAACGAGAACCUGAACGUGACCAGUUUCAGCCGGCCCUCUCCCUCGUCACCCUCCCCCUCCUCCUCGUCGGGGGUUACCCUCACCCCUCCGAGCCAGCACAGGGACGCCAACCAGAAUCCUGGUAGAGACGCUGGUAGCCUCACAGACCCCGACAGGGCCCUGGCCGACAUUAUCCAGAACAACCACACCCACCCCCACCCUCACACCCAUGGUACUGGACGAGGAUGUACCACGCUGCCCCGUGCCCAUGCCACUUCUCCUGAGCUCCGCAGGGUGCCCCUGAAUGUGGACAUGCCCCCGGGGCACUUUGACUCAGAGUGGUCGGAGAGGCGCAACGACUCGGAGUCUGGAGACGAGCUGAGCAGCAGCUCUACUGAGCACCUGCAGGUAAGAAUGGAAAUAUCUUCAUUUCUCUCAAGUUUUGGAUGGAAGCUGGUGAUUUUCAUUAUGGGGUUUUUACUUCUGUAAAGCUUACAGUAUGAAAUGUUUUCCUGCUUUUCAUGUGGUGGUAGAGGUAGAGCUCUUGUUGUUCUUUUUGGUAGCCCAAUACAAUAUUAUUUUUGGGGUGGAAUUGAUGGAGUAGGCCUAAAUGGGAUGUAUACUGGUAGUUAAUCUGAGCUUUGCCAACAUGACCUUUAACCCAGUCAUCUUAGUUAAAGGCACAAUAUGUUUUUUAGUGAUAGGCUACACAGGGAUUAGUUUAUUAGGAUCCCCAUUAGCUACUGCAAAUGCAGCAGCUACUUUUCCUGGGGUCCACAUUAGGGUUGAAGGUGGGAACCCGGUUACCGAGAUUUACCGCCCAAAACCACUCCCUUUUCCCGGGAUAAAUAACUGCGAUUAAACUGGUAAAUUAUAAUAAAUUAUUUAUAUGAACAACAUGGCGUGAAAUGGAACUGUUAAAUUAAAUGCAAUGUCUAAAUCUGGCUUCUCUAUGGCUUCUGCAUGAUGAAUCAACGCUCGGGGUGGGGACAGACCCAUGUCAGUAUGGAGCGCAGUUCACAAUGCAUGGAGAUCUAUCAUCUCAUCAUGGGAACUUUUUUUCUUGUGACAGGUAGGCAAACAUUUGCUGCAGCAUAGACUAUGCUACAGCAAUAUAAAGACCGAAUGCGCGUCUAAUUUACCCAUCUCCAUCUGGCUUUCGGGGGUCACCUUGUUUUUUAAUUGUAAAUCAUUUUAUUUAUUUAUUUUUAGCUGCAGAGUUUUAAAACUAUCACUCGAAUAUCGUUGCUUUAAAUCAGAGCACUCUUUGUCUUUUUCUCUCUCUGUCAACUCCAUUCAAAUUGCAUCCAAAAUAGAUCAUCCUGUUCUAUAUUGAUAUAUAGCUUUAUAUAUAGAUGUCCUAGCCUACCUCUUUCAGGUAAUACAUUCAAUGCAGUAUUAGCCUUAUAUUUAGCUAAUGAAUGAUGUGUUAUGCAUAAUAAGCUUCUAACUUAUAGCCUCUGUCUCUUGCGCAAUAUGCACACACCAGUGCUCCACUGGCCUCUCCUUAAAAAACGCUCCUUAGCUCUUGGAGUCCCAAGCAGGAAAAGCUAGACUAGAAUACCUUGCUGGACAUUAUUUGUUUUUUUUAUAGCAUUUCUUAUAUCACUAGACUAUUCGAAGAGGGACGCAAGCUCUUGUUUGCUGAAUGUUAAAUACAGCAGCCAAUAGAACUCACGGGUAGUUUGAAAGAAGAGUGAGCGCGCAAUGACGGUAGGCUAUAGCAGUUAUCUAUUCAGAUAUAUAACCAUUCAAUCUUCGUGAAGAGAAAUGAAAGCCUUAUUCAUCUGAUUCUAGUCAUAUACAGAGCAUUCGGAAAGUAUUCCGACUUUUUCCACAUUUUAUGUUACAGCCUUAUUCUAAAAUGGAUUGAAUAGUUUUUUCCCUCAUCAAUCUACAUACAAUACCACAGAAUGACAAAGCGAAAACAGAUUUAAAAUUUUUGUCGCAAAUAUAUUGAAAAUAAAAAACUGAAAUACCUUAUUUACGUAAGUAUUCAGACCCUUUGCUAUGAGACUUGAAAUUGAGCUCAGGUGCAUCCUGUUUCCAUUGAUCAUCCUUGAGAUGUUUCUACAACUUGAUUGGAGUCCACCUGUGGUAAAUUCAAUUGAUUGGACAUGAUUUGGAAAGGCACACCUGGAAAGGCACACAACAGUUGACAGUGCAUGUCAGAGCAAAAAACAAGCCAUGAGGUCAAAGGAAUUUAACCCUUUCCUGGGUAGCAUAUACACUACCAGUCAAAAGUUUGGACACUCCUACUCAUUCAAGGGAUUUUCUUUAUUUUUACUAUUUUUUACAUUGUAGAAUAAUAGUGAAGACAUCAACACUAUGAAAUAACACAUAUGGAAUCAUGUAGUAACCAAAAAAGUGUUAAACAAAUCAAAAUAUAUUUUAUAUUUGAGAUUCUUCAAAUAGCCACCCUUUGCCUUGAUGACAUCUUUGCACACUCUUGGCAUGCUCUCAACCAGCUUCAUGAGGUAGUCACCUGGAAUGCAUUUCAAUUAACAGGUGUGCCUUCUUAAAAGUUAAUUUGUGGAAUUUCUUUCCUUCUUAAUGCGUUUGAGCCAAUCAGUUGUGUUGUGAAAAGGUAGGGGGUUGAUAAACAGAAGAUUGCCCUAUUUGGUAAAAGACCAAGUCCAUAUUAUGGCAAGAACAGCUCAAAUAAGCAAAGAGAAACAACAGUCCAUCAUUACUUUAAGACAUGAAGGUCAGUCAAUAUGGAAAAUGUCAAGAACUUUGAAAGUUUCUUCAAGUGCAGUCGCAAAAACCAUCAAGCGUUAUGAUGAAACUGGCUCUCAUGAGGACCGCCACAGGAAAGGAAGACCCAGAGUUACCUCUGCUGCAGAGGAUAAGUUCAUUAGAGUUAACAGCCUCAGAAAUUGCAGCCCAUAUAAAUGCUUCACAGAGUUCAAGUAACAGACACAUCUCAACAUCAACUGUUCAGAGGAGACUGUGUGAAUCAGGCCUUCAUGGUCGAAUUUCUGCAAAGAAACCACUACUAAAGGACACCAAAAAGAAGAAGAGACUUGCUUGGGCCAAGAAACACGAGCAAUGGAUGUUAGACCGUGGAAAUUUGUCCUUUUGGUCUGGAGUCCAAAUUGGAGAUUUUUGGUUCCAACCGCCGUGUCUUUGUGUGACGCGGUGUGGGUGAAUGGAUGAUCUCCGCAUGUGUAUUUCCCACCGUAAAGCAUGGAGGAGGAGGUGUUAUGGUGUGGGGGUGCUUUGCUGGUGACACUGUCUGUUAUUUAUUUAGAAUUCAAAGCACACUUAUCCAUCAUGGAUACCACAGCAUUCUGCAGCAAUACGCCAUCCCAUCUGGUUUGGGCUUAGUGGGACUAUCAUUUGUUUUUCAACAGGACAAUGACCCAACACACCUCCAGGCUGUGAAAGGGUAUUUGACCAAGAAGGAGAGUGAUGGAGUGCUGCAUCAAAUGACCUGGCCUCCACAAUCCUCCAACCUCAACCCAAUUGAGAUGGUUUGGGAUGAGUCGGACCGCAGAAUGAAGGAAAAGCAGCCAACAAGUGCUCAGCGUAUGUGGGAACUCCUUCAAGACUGUUGGAAAAGCAUUCCAGGUGAAGCUGGUUGAGAGAAUGCCAAGAGUGUGCAAAGCUGUCAUCAAGGCAAAGGGUGGCUAUUUGAAGAAUCUCAAAUAUAAAAUAUAUUUUGAUUUGUUUAACACGUUUUUGGUUACUACAUGAUUCCAUAUGUGUUAUUUCAUAGUUUUGAUGUCUUCACUUUAUUCUACAAUGUAGAAAAUAGUAAAAAUAAAGAAAAACCCUUGAAUGAGUAGGUGUGUCCAAACUUUUGACUGGUACUGUAUAUAACUCGACUCAUAAUGAUAAUAUGUUGUAUUUCUAAUAAUUCUAUAAUUCUAAUAAUAACAAAGAAGGAAUUAAUGUAUUUUUGAGAAGAUUAUGUUCAGCAGAUGCCUUGUCUGGUUUAGCUCGGCUGCAGCAGGGUGCUCUAUUCUUCGUGCUACUUCUGCAUAGCUGUCUUGUUGGACUGUUGGUCUCUUCUGAUUGGGGUGUUGUCCUGUUAGCAUGGGGUGUAGUGGGGUCGGGGUGUGCUGUCCACUCUGGAAGGGGCCCGAUGUUGCAGGGGCAGAUCCUGUAGACAAGCCUUUACUAAGAUAAGAUUUUAGAUAAACUUUAUUAGUCCACGCAAGAUGGAAAUGUGCUUUCUGCUUUUAUCCAACUCCCAAUAAACUCAGGAAAGGCCAGCCUGGCUGUCUAAUUAGGACCUGGGUGGCUGGUGGUCGUUGGUGGAGCCUUUGUUCCCAUGCCACCCUGCUCUAUUAGCCGUGCAGUGUCCCAAAUGGCACCCAGUUCCCUAUAUAGUUUACUACUUUUAACCAGAACUCAAUGGGCCCUGGUCAAAAGUAGUGCACUAUAAUGGGAAUAGGGUGUCAUUUGAGAUUCAGACUAGGCCUUGGCUGGUGGGGCCUUAGUUCCCAUGCCACCCGGGUCUAUUGGAGUGUCUGCAGGGGAGCAAAGGGCCCAGUGAUUAAAUAAAAGGUGACAUUGGUGCAGGAUUGGGCUGUGGCCCUCUCGGCCCACUGUGUGAAUGGAGAACAGGACCAAGGGUGGGGAGACUGGGAGAGGGACAGGCACUGGUAAAGGCCUGCGUCCAAAGAAAACCGCUAUCUGGUACAUAAGGUUUGGGUGUAUACUAGCCUGUGUAAACCAAGUUGGUAGAGCAUAGCGCUUGCAACGGCAGGAUCAUGGGUUCUAUUUUCGAUGGGGCCAUCGAUACAAAAAUGUAUGCACACACUACUGUAAGCCACUUUGGAUAAAAGUAGGCCUGGAAUUGCCAGGGACCUCACGAUACGAUAUUAUCACGAUACUUAGGUGCCAAAACUAUAUCUAUUGUUAUUCUAUGUGUAUUGCGAUUCGGUACUGCUAUUUUAUUGGAAUUUAAUAUUCCAAACAUACUGUUCACUAUACAGUGGGGAAAAAAAGUAUUUAGUCAGCCACCAAUUGUGCAAGUUCUCCCACUUAAAAAGAUGAGAGAGGCCUGUAAUUUUCAUCAUAGGUACACGUCAACUAUGACAGACAAAAUGAGGAAAAAAAAUCCAGAAAAUCACAUUGUAGGAUUUUUAAUGAAUUUAUUUGCAAAUUAUGGUGGAAAAUAAGUAUUUGGUCAAUAACAAAAGUUUCUCAAUACUUUGUUAUAUACCCUUUGUUGGCAAUGACACAGGUCAAAUGUUUUCUGUAAGUCUUCAAGGUUUUCACACACUGUUGCUGGUAUUUUGGCCCAUUCCUCCAUGCAGAUCUCCUCUAGAGCAGUGAUGUUUUGGGACUGUCGCUGGGCAACACAGACUUUCAACUCCCUCCAAAGAUUUUCUAUGGGGUUGAGAUCUGGAGACUGGCUAGGCCACUCCAGGACCUUGAAAUGCUUCUUACGAAGCCACUCCUUCGUUGCCCGGGCGGUGUGUUUGGGAUCAUUGUCAUGCUGAAAGACCCAGCCACGUUUCAUCUUCAAUGCCCUUGCUGAUGGAAGGAGGUUUUCACUCAAAAUCUCACAAUAAAUGGCCCCAUUCAUUCUUUCCUUUACACAGAUCAGUUGUCCUGGUCCCUUUGCAGAAAAACAGCCCCAAAGCAUGAUGUUUCCACCCCCAUGCUUCACAGUAGGUAUGAUGUUCUUUGGAUGCAACUCAGCAUUCUUUGUCCUCCAAACACGACGAGUUGAGUUUUUACCAAAAAGUUUUAUAUUUUGGUUUCAUCUGACCAUAUGACAUUCUCCCAAUCCUCUUCUGGAUCAUCCAAAUGCACUCUAGCAAACUUCAGACGGCCUGGACAUGUACUGGCUUAAGCAGGGGGACACGCCUUGCACUGCAGGAUUUGAGUCCCUGGUGGCGUAGUGUGUUACUGAUGGUAGGCUUUGUUACUUUGGUCCCAGCUCUCUGCAGGUCAUUCACUAGGUCCCCCUGUGUGGUUCUGGGAUUUUUGCUCACCGUUCUUGUGAUCAUUUUGACCCCACGGGGUGAGAUAUUGCGUGGAGCCCCAGAUCGAGGGAGAUUAUCAGUGGUCUUGUAUGUCUACCAUUUCCUAAUAAUUGCUCCCACAGUUGAUUUCUUCAAACCAAGCUGCUUACCUAUUGCAGAUUCAGUCUUCCCAGCCUGGUGCAGGUCUACAAUUUUGUUUCUGGUGUCCUUUGACAGCUCUUUGGUCUUGGCCAUAGUGCAGUUUGGAGUGUGACUGUUUGAGGUUGUGGACAGGUGUCUUUUAUACUGAUAACAAGUUCAAACAGGUGCCAUUAAUAUAGGUAACGAGUGGAGGACAGAGGAGCCUCUUAAAGAAGAAGUUACAGGUCUGUGAGAGCCAGAAAUCUUGCUUGUUUGUUGGUGAACAAAUACUUAUUUUCCACCAUAAUUUGCAAAUAAAUUCAUUAAAAAUCCUACAAUGUGAUUUUCUGGAUUUUUUUCCCUCAAUUUGUCUGUCAUAGUUGACGUGUACCUAUGAUGAAAAUUACAGGCCUCUCUCAUCUUUUUAAGUGGGAGAACUUGCACAAUUGGUGGCUGACUAAAUACUUUUUUCCCCCACUGUAUGUCUGCUGCAGAGAGACGAGAGAGCAUGAGUAAAUUAGUUUUGAACAGUCAGGGAAGUAAAAGUUUUGAAAACACGUUGGCUCACUAUUUAAAAAGAAGAUGGAGAACAAGCUAUAGGAUGAAGAAAAAAAUUAUGCUUUUUGCGCAGAUACAGCCGACUAGGUCCACAACAAUGCUUAAAUCAUAUCAGGAGACCGCUUUUGAGGUCUGGGAAAUAUCUAUAACAUUUCGAUUUUUGGGUGUAGUUACCAUUUAAUUCAAAUGCACACCUAGCAAGAGUCUGUUUGGUGGAGUAUUUGUAGUGCACUAUUGGUUGACUGAGAUGUCUUUAGUCGAGCAGUAGCAAAAAUAAAUAAUAACAAUCAUGGUGUACAAGACACCGUUCUGAUCCGUGCCAGUCUGAGUGGACUGAUCAAUUGUGGAGGCCGUGGGAAUGGCACAGUCCAUCAGUCUAAGACAUUUGCUACUGAAAUUGUACAUGGUUAUAUUAAUAUCAUCACACAGCAUAGGAGUCAUUCAUGAUAUGAAAUGCAAUCAAGCAUUUAUGUUGUCAUAAAAUAACAAAGCGACCAUUGAAUAAUUAGUGUAAACAAUAAAUAGGCCUAAACUGUUCCUUUUUGGAAAUUGCAUUCAGGAAUGAAUGCGACAGUUUUUUGUCUUUGCUGUAAUAAAUGCUUUACAAAAAAAGUUACAGACUCUCUGGUACGCUUAUAAUUUAUUUAGUGUUGUUUAAAUUGUUCCAAAUGGUCAGAAAAAUUAUACUGUAAUCUAACAGCACCUGUUUGACACACAUAAUAUGCAUGUAGCUCUUGCACCUUACCUUCUUUGCGUACAUGUGUCAUGUAAAGAGAGCAAAGGUUGAGGGAAUAGGGAAUGUUUUUCCUAAACAAAUGAGGGAUUUCAGUAACAACUUUUCAGUCAAAAAUGGCUGUAAUUAUGUUGCAGCUUCAGCAACAUGGACAGCUCGAUACACACUGUUGAUGUUCUGUGGUGGUCGCUGCAGCAGGGAGGAGAGAGAGACAACGGGUGCUAGUCACACCGUCACUCGCAGCCUUAUGCUCUGCAUCUUUCAUGAUUCUUUUUGCAAACUCCAGGCGUGCUGUCAUGUGCCUUUUGCUCAGGAGUGGCUUCCGUCUGGUCACUCUCCCAUAAAGCCCAGGUUGGUGAAGUGCUGUAGAAACUGUUGUCCUUCUGGCAGGUUCUCCCAUCUCAGCCAAGGAACUCUGUAGUUCUGUCAGAGUGGUCAUUGGGUUCUUGGUCACCUCCCUGACCAAGUCCUUCUUGCCCGGUUGUUCAGUUUGGUCGGACGGCCAGCUCUAGGCAGAGUCUGGGUAGUUCCAUAUUUUUUCAAUUUCCAAAUGAUGGAGACGACUGUGCUCUUGGAAACUUUCAACACUCUAGAAAUUGUUUUAUAUCCUUCCCCAGAUAUGCCUCAUCACAAUUCUAUCUCCAAAUCUAUGGACAGUUCCUUGGACUUCAUGGUAUAGUUUCUGCUCUGACAUGCACUGUCAACUAUGGGACCUUAUAUAGACAGGUGUGUUUCUUACUAAAUUAUGUCCAAACAAAUGAAUUGGCCACAGGUGGUCACCAAUCAAGUUGUAGUGACAUAUCAAGGAUGAUCAAAGGAAAUUGGAUGCACCUGAGCUCAAUUUGGAGUGUCAUAGCAAAGGGGUGUGAAUACUUAUGUAAAUGAGAUAUUUCUGUAUUUAAUUUUCAAUAGAUUUGCACAAAAAAAAAAAAAAAACAUUUUUCACUUUGUCAUGAUGGGGUAUUGUGUGUAGAUGGGUGAGGAAAAAAUAAUAUUUAAUCCAUUUUGAAUUCAGCCUGUAACACAACAAAAUGUGGAAUAAGUCAAGGGGUAUGAAAACUUUCCAUAGACAUACAUCAUUUGCACACACACAGAGUGAAGUCAGCUCAGACAGAUCCAGCUCAGAGAGGCCCAGCUCCUGAGCUCCAUCAGCAGCAGAUUUGAAUUUAGAAUGGAAAAUUACCGUAAUUUUCGGACUAUAAGCCGCGCCUUUUUUCCAAUUUUUCGACCCUGCGGCUUAUAUAACGGUGCGGCUAAUCUAUGGAUUUUUUACAGCUAACGGCCACUAGAAGACCUCCUAAAUCUAUGGAUUUUACAGGUUACAGUCCACCAACUUUAACUCUAUGGGCUCUAUGACCGGUCCGCGCCCCCCACCUUUAAGCGGCGGGCUCCAGCAGGAAAAGCUGGAGGCCGGAAAAGAGUGAGACAGGUAGCGCGCAAAAGUAAAAGUGGAACCGAGAGUGGUACGAGAGACAGAACGAGAGACAGAACGAGAGCAAGACAGACAGACAUUACGAGAGCGAGACAGUUUGUCCCUUUCCCGACAAUCCCCUCUGUGCACGAACCCUUACAUAUGGUAAUUAAACAUUAAAACACCUGCGGCUUAUAGUCCAGUGCGGCUUAUAUAUGUACGCAUUAUUCAAUAUCAUUCAAUUUAGCUGCUGCGGCUUAUACUCCGGUGCGCCUUAUAGUGCGGAAAAUACGGUACACACACAGAUGGAAGUCAGCUCUGACCGAUCCAGCUCAGAGAGGCCCAGCUCCUGAGCUCCAGCAGCAGCAGCAGUAGAAUUGCAGGAAAUGUGCUUUAAAACUGCAACAUUUUCUCUCAGCUGCAUGGAGACAUUUUGUAAAUCGUUUUUUAAAUUCAACCGCGCUGACAGGCCGACCGCACCCCCUGCCUCGCCCACCACCUAAGCCCCUUUUUGAUCCAGAAAAACACCCUUGGUUGCACAAUCCAUAUUGCUUUUUCCUCUGGCAAACAUACCAUUUUUAUCUAGAUGAGCUGACUUUGACUCACCACCACUAAUAAAACACGGACUUGAAUGACUAUUGAAUAUUACUUGCAUAUCAUUCCUGAUAAUGGUAUUGGCUUGCUUAGAGUAAUGUAUAGAGUGCAUUGCUUAGAUAAUGUGCUGCUUAGAAGAAUGUCAGUGAUUUAAUUUCACGAACAAGGAAUCUUAUCAUGGAAGCACAGGCAGUCCCCUUGAUACUUAAGCAGAUUGUCCAAGCUAUACAUUAACACCUCCCUCCCUCCUUCCCCCUGUUCUCUAUCCUCUUUCAACCUGCUUGUUAUUCUAACAAGCCGGUGAGUCAGCAGAAAGACCACCUCUCCUCCUCUCCCUCACUCUCUUCCUCCUCUCUGAGAUGCACAAAGAACAAUAUUUGUCUAAUCAGAACGAGAGGACAAGCGCCCUCAGUUUUUUCCUUCCUCUACCCUGGCUGGCAGCUGUAAUCAACUUUUAAAUCAACUCCCUCUCUCUCUCUCGGUCUGUGUAGCAUCGACUGUCCUCAUGAGGGAUGAGCACACACACACACAGUGAGUGACUGAACCCCUCAGAGGGAGCCAGAGAUGUGAGAGAGAGAUUGGCCAGCUGCAGUCAUGUUGUUAAUUCUCUUUUUAAAGGUUUAUUACGUCACAUUGUGGCAGGGCAGGGGGCCAUAUGUAUUUUUUUUUAGAGGGGACAUAGUUGGGACAGGGUUUUGUUCUGGCCUGGGCUGUAUCCUUGCCUGGCUACCCAGACUCCUUGCUCCAGCCACACGCUAUGCCACGCCCACGGACGUUCGUUUCUUCUCCGCAGUGAGUCUGGAUCUGAGUAUACCUCCACGACCCUUCACCGAAUGCGAACACAUUCGGGGCAGUCUGAUUGGUCCAGAAACCGAUGGGUUGAGCCAGAACACACGUGGGUAAACCGGCAGUUUGAAAAUUCGUCCAUUGGCUUUGAUACUCUGAUUGGUUAGAUACGAUCCAAUUGCUGAUGACUUUGUUUUGUACAACGCCCCUCGUGCCCCUCCUCUCCACAAACAACUUCAGUGAUGGCAGCCUCAGACUAAAGUAUGUAGCAAACGACAGAGCAGCUGAAUAAUUUAGUGUGAGUCAUCCGGCUAGCUGUAUCCUACUGCUGAAAUGACACUGCAUUCUGUGUUCACAAAGAGUCUUAAAGUAGGAGUUCUGAUCUAGGAUCAGACGCCCCCUGUCCAUGUAAUUUUAUUCAUUAUGAUCUAGAAGGCAAAAAUGAUCCUAGAUUAGGCCUAUCGCGGUGACCGUAUUACCGCCACAACGGCAGUCACAAAUCAUUACAUUUUACAUUUUAGUCAUUUAGCAGACGCUCUUAUCCAGAGCGACUUACAGGAGCAAUUAGGGUUAAGUGCCUUGCUCAAGGGCACAUUAACGUCAUUUAGCAGACGCUCUUAGCCAGAGCGACUCACAAAUUGGUGCGUUCACCCUAUAGCCAGUGGGUUAACCACUUUACAAUUGGGGGGGGGGGGGGGGGGGGUAGAAGGAUUCCUUUAUCCUAUCCCAGGUAUUCCUUAAAGAGGUGGGGUUUCAAAUGUCUCCGGAAGGUGGUGAGUGACUCCGCUGUCCUGGCGUCGUGAGGGAGCUUGUUCCACCAUUGGGGUGCCAGAGCAGCGAACAGUUUUGACUGGGCUGAGCGGGAACUAUGCUUCCGCAGAGGAAGGGGAGCCAGCAGGCCAGAGGUGGAUGAGCCGCAGUCAAAUUCCCUGUGACCAUUUGUCACGGUAAUCCCAUCCAAAACUGUGCAAAUUAAUGGUGCUGAUGGGUAGCCUACCAAACUUGCUAACGACCCUCGCUAAUGGCCUGGUACUCAGAGCUCGAUUGUCCCUCUAAUCCAGGGGUGUCAAACUCAUUCCACAGAAGGCCGAGUGUCUGCAGGUUUUUGCUUUCAAUUAAGACCUAGACAACCAGGUGUGGGGAGUUCCUUAAUAAUUAGUGAUCUUAGUUCAUCAAUCAAAUACAAUGGUGGAGCGAAAACCCGGAGACAUUCGGCCCUCCGUGGAAUGAGUUUGACACGUGCUCUAAUCACUCUCUAAAUAGCCUACUUCAUGAUUGAAUUUGAAUAAUCUGAAUGAUGAAGACAAAUGGUGAUGGGAGUUAGAGCUCCCAUUCAGAAAUGAACACAGGAAAGCCCUGGACCAAAUGUGCAUAAAUAAAAAUGUUUAACCCCUUCCUAAAGGACAACAGAUCCGAUCCAAGUGAGGGAAGCAGCAAAAAAGCCAAUUGUUUUGCUACUUUAUUAAACCGGAGCCAUUACUGAAAGGGAGAGGGGCACAGAGUGAGCAGUUGUAGGCUAUUAGGGAGCGGAGGCCAUGAGGUGUGUGUGUGUGUGUGAAUAUGUGAGAAGACAUCGGAGUCUCGGAGUAUUGGAGCAGACACAGAGGGAGAGAACGCAACCACUGUUAUCUCACGCUAGACUAACUUCUUGCUAGUUAUUUAUCAUCCCGUCCAAUUACUUAGUACCUGUCUUGACUUAGUCAAACAAAGAGAAGCUAGCUAAUUGAGGCUAGCCAUAACGUUACUGAUUCUCACCAUCCUACAGUUAGCUACACAUAACAACAACUCCAUUCAGAUUAUAGCCUAAAUAGCAGCCUACUUGUUGGCUUUUGGUCGUUGUAGCAUUUCUUUCUCAUUUAACUUUUAGUUUAAUCUUCCAUUGAUUAGAUAUCCUCUAACUUGCUUCCCAUACAAGCAGAGCAGCAAUGCAAUUAUCUCUCUCUCUCUGUGGGAAGGAUCAGAGCGCGUGCCUUUUUUUGCCCACUCAAUAUAGAGUUCACCACUAAGGACUCAAAUUCAAAGUAAAUGAAGCAAUCUUUAUUAUCACGGCCGGAGAGGUUCACAAACUCUCAGUACAAGCCUGAUGAAACUCUGAAAAGGGGCGUUCCCUUUUCAGUCCCUUUAUACUACUACACAAACAAGUCAUAUAGGCAUGGAUUGUUCCUGCAUGAGACUGACUGAUCCCACAACAGGCUUCUUACCUUGAAACUGAGAUACUCCUUAUAGUUCCGAGAGCAAUGUUCUGGGCGUACUGCCAAAUUGCUUAUCAGUGAUAGUGUGGAUUCCUCCUUCGUACAAUCAAUCAGUCACUCGCAUGAACCCAUCCAAGUUGGUUAAGAGAGAAGCAGCAUUGUGCUAAACAGACGUUCAUACACACAGGAACAUUUCCAUCACACUCCCUCCUUUUAUCACUCUGUGAUAACUAUUGUUAAACUAAGCAUUAGAUUAUGGCUUAAACUAUCGAAGGAGGUUCUAUCAAAAUAAUUAUAUUAAAAUUAAGCGAAAUCAACACAUAAAACCAGACACUUAAUCCUUUCAAACCCAUAAUUCUGGGUUGUACAGUCUAAAUAGUAACUGAUCCUUAUUCCAUAGCACUUACACUUGUAAAGCCAUUGCAGUAGAAUGGUUUAACCUUAAGACCUUCACUUCAUACAGUUACACACAUGCUUCAUUACACAAUUUCAUUUAUGGAAAUACUAUCAUCAUAAGCAGGGCCUUCAUUGAGUUCCUUAUAGUCCUCAUUAUCGUCAUCAUUCUCAUCAGCAAAUGGCAUUUAUUUUAGCCCAAUCAAACUAACAGUCUCUCCUGCAGUUGCAGAAGUGAACAUAAAAGUUGCUGAGACCCGUGAGUCCAAAAGAAGAGCACAGAGCCUUGCAACACAAAAUCAAUGUUAUCACGCACACAAGGACAAAUACUCCCAACAUGGCCCAUUUUACAAGGUUCACACCUCUUGAUAUGAACAUAGUUGACAGCCAGGCUGUCACCUCCCACUCAUUAUCUUCAUUGCCAGAGUGGCUUCUAGCAGUUUCUGCAAUGUAAUCUGCUAAAUAGGUGACAUUCAUAGACGAGUCAGGAACAAAGGUGCAACACUCAUCUCCAAUGACUGCACACAUCCCUCCCUGACUUGCUAAUAGGUAGUCUAUAGUCUAGUGCUAUCAUUUCAGUACUGAGGGCCUUAAGGGCUUUUGACGUAGCAUUAGCCACUUUCUCCAAUUUCUUAGAUAUAUUUCACAUUUGAUCAAGGGCACAUGCCACUCCAUAAUUAUGGAGCAUUACACCAGUAAAUCGUGACAGGGUAGUUUGAAUAUGAGUAAUCACUGCCAGCGAGUGCCUGCUGCAGGGGGACAAUAUCCCUGGAAAAUCAUUUUAAGAUUAUCAUUGUCAUCUGGCACUGCUCUCAUAGCAGGAACAACGAACCCAAUAGUACACACUCCCACCCAACUAUCUGGUAGUACAUAAUAUGUUCCCACAUAACCAAUAGGCCCAUUAGGGGCUGAUUUCCUUGUUUCCAAGUUUAUAUUAUACGCUGAGAGGACCACACUUACAGAGCAUUCAGAAAGUAUUCAGACCUCUUGACUUUUUCCACAUUUUGUUACGUUACAGCCUUAUUCUAAAAUUGAUUUUAUUUUUUAUCCAUCAAUCUACACACAAUACCCCAUAAUGACAAAGCGAAAACAGGUUUUUAAAAAUGUUAGCAAAUGUAUUAAAAAUAAAAAACAGAUACCUUAUUUACAUAAGUAUUCAGACCCUUUGCUAUGAGACUCGAAAUUGAGCUCAGGUGCAUCCUGUUUCCAUUGAUCAUCCUUGAGAUGUUUCUACAACUUGAUUGGAGUCCACCUGUGGUAAAUUCAAUUGAUUGGACAUGAUUUGGAAAGGCACACACCUGUCUAUAUAAGGUCCCACAGUUGACAGUGCAUGCCAGAACAAAAACCAAGCCAUGAGGUCGAAGGAAUUGUCCGUAGAGCUCUGAAGACCGUAUUGUGUCGAGGCACAGAUCUGGGGAAGGUUACCAAAACAUUUCUGCAGCAUUGAAGGUCCCCAAGAACACAGUGGCCUCCAUCAUUCUUAAAUGGAAGAAGUUUGGAACCACCAAGACUCUUACUAGAGCUGGCCGCCUGGCCAAACUGAGCAAUCGGGGGAGGUGAGCCUUGGUCAGGGAGGUGAUCAAGAACCCGAUGGUAACUAUGACAGAGCUCCAGAGUUCCUCUGUGGAGAUGGGAAAACCUUCCAGAAGGAUAACCAGUAUGAAAUGUAUGCACUCACUAACUGUAAAUCGCUCUGGAUAAGAGCGUCUGCUAAAUGACUAAAAUGUAAAUAACCAUCUCUGCAGCACUCCACAAAUCAGGCCUUUAUGGUACAGUGGCCAGAUGGAAGCCACUCCUCAGUAAAAGGCACAUGACAGCCCGCUUGGAGUUUGCCAAAAGGCACCUAAAGGACUCUCAGACCAUGAGAUACAAGAUUCUCUGGUCUAAUGAAACCAAGAUUGAACUCUUUGGCCUGAAUGCCAAGGGUCACGUCUGGAGGAGAACUGGCACCAUCCCUACUUGGAGUUUGCCAAAAGGCACCUACAGUGGCUUGCAAAAGUAUUCAUCCCCCUUGGCAUUUUUCCUAUUUUGUUGCCUUACAACCUGGAGUUAAAAUUGAUUUUUUGGGGGUUUGUAUCAUUUGAUUUACGCAACAUGCCUACCACUUUGAAGAUGCAAAAUAUUUUCUAUUGUGAAACAAACAAGAAAUAAGACAAAAAAAAUCUGAAAACUUGAGCGUGCAUAACUAUUCACCCCCCCAAAGUCAAUACUUUGUAGAGCCACCUUUUGCAGCAAUCAUUGUCCUGCUUGAAGGUGAACCUCCAUCCCAGUCUCAAAUCUCUGGAAGACUGAAACAGGUUUCCCUCGAGUAUUUCCCUGUAUUUAGCGCCAUCCAUCAUUCCUUCAAUUCUGACCAGUGUCCCAGUCCCUGCCGAUGAGAAACAUCCCCACAGCAUGAUGCUGCCACCACCAUGCUUCACUGUGGGGAUGGUGUUCUCGGGGUGAUGAGAGGUGUUGGGUUUGCGCCAGACAUAGCGUUUUCCUUGAUAGCCAAAAUGCUCAAUUUAGUCUCAUCUGACCAGAGUACCUUCUUCCAUAUGUUUGGGGAGUCUCCCACAUGCCUUUUGGCGAACACCAAACGUGUUUGCUUAUUUUCUUCUUUAAGCAAUGGCUUUUUUCUGGCCACUCUUCCGUAAAGCCCAGCUCUGUGGAGUGUACGGCUUAAAGUGAUCCUAUGGACAGAUACUCCAAUCUCCGCUGUGGCGCUUUGCAGCUCCUUCAGGGUUAUCUUUGGUCUCUUUGUUGCCUCUCUCAAUUAAUGCCCUCCUUGCCUGGUCCGUGAGUUUUGGUGGGCGGCCCUCUCUUGGCAGGUUUGUUGUGGUGUCAUAUUCUUUCAAUUUUUUAAUAGUGGAUUUAAUGGUGCUCCGUGGGAUGUUCAACGUUUCAGAUAUUUCUUUAUAACCCAACCCUGAUCUCUAAUUCUCCAUAACUCCCGGGGAAGGACUGCCCGCUCCAUGAUCUCGCCAUCACGGUUGACAACUCCAUUGUGUCCUCCUCCCAGAGUGCAAGGAACCUUGGCGUGACCCUGGACAACACCCUGUCAUUCUCCGCUAACAUCAAAGCGGUGAUCCGAUCCUGCAGGUUCAUGCUCUACAACAUUCACAGAGUACGAAUAUUGAACUCUUUGGCCUGAAUGCCAAGCGUCACGUCUGGAGGAAACCCGGUACCAUCCCUACAGUGAAGCAUGGAAGAGGCAGCAUCAUGCUGUGGGGUUGUUUUUUAGAGGCAGGGACUGGGAGACUAGUCAGCAUCGAGGGAAAGAUGAACGGAGCAGAGCACAGAGAUUUCCUUGAUGAAAACCUGCUCCAGAGCACUCAGGAUCUCAGAUUGGGGCAAAGGUUCACCUUCCAACAGGACAACAACCCUAAGCACACAGCCAAGACAACGCAGGAGUGGCUUCAUGUCUCUGAAUGUCCUUGAGUGGCCCAGCCAGAGCCCGGACUUGAACCCAAUCAAACUUCUCUGGAGAGACCUGUAAAUAGCUGUGCAGCGACGCUCCCCAUCCAACCUGACAGAGCUUGUGAGGAUCUGCAGAGAAGAAUGGGAGAAACUCCCCAAAUACAGGCUUGUAGCGUCAUACCCAAGAAGACUCAAGGCUCUAAUCGCUGCCAAAGGUGCUUCAACAGAGUACUGAGUAAAGGGUCUGAAUAUUUAUGGAAAUGUGAUAUUUUCGUUUUCGUAUUUUUUGAAUUUGCUAAAAUAAAAUAAAAUAAAAACAGUUUUUGCUUUGUCAUUAUGGGGUAUUGUGUGUAGAUUGAUGAGGGGAAAAAACUAUCAAUUUUAGAAUAUAGCUGUAACGUAACAAAAUGUGGAAAAAGUCAAGUGGUCUGAAUACUUUCCGAAUGCACUGUACAUUUGAGGGUCUGCCCGUCUGCAAAUCAUGAACUGUCAGUGAGCAAUUUGAUUCUCCAUCAGAGUCCAUUGUACACUUUCACACAUUUUCACCUAGAUAGACAGACCCAUUACCCCAUAUACACCAGGCUGUAGUCAAUUAGCUUUCUAUUGGGAUGGGUGGGGGACAGAUUUUAUUUUCACAAGGUCUUCUAUAACUACCUUUCCAAGUUUGGUUAUAAAAAGCAAAAUAUGUCAUAAGGUCCGGUCGUCGAGGAGGGGAAUCGUAAAACCACAGUGCUGGGCGCAUGGAAAAAGUAUAAUUUACACCGGCUGGGACACCCAAUAAAGGGAGCCCUUCACCUACCCCCUGUGGGACUAGCCCACAAACCCAACAGGAAGUGUUCAGGGAGAGGCCAUUCGCCACCAUCUGUGCUGUGGAAAGGAAGGAGUUCAUAGUGUCUUUUGAAGUUUAGUUUUCCUCUCGCAACCUUACUGGCUUCUUCUGGGCCUCUACUCUGGGCCUGUGGUGGUCCCGUUGGCUGGGGACGGUCCCUGGAUCCUUCUAGGUCAUUACUGGCCAGCAGGAGGCAGAUGACGGUCCCCACUAUUGCGGUGAGACCAAUCCAGAAGCAUGUCCUUUCACAUUCACCGAUCCUCCUCGCCAUUCUGAUUUCCUGGUUCUGGCCCCUUCCUGCAGUGGGAAGCGUGUAUCCACAUAUCUCGUUCUUCUACCUUGACAGCAGAGGUUGUGGUCAGGAGAACUUGGUAUGGUCCCUUCCACAUGGGGUCUUUCCAACUCUUUCUUCGAAAGAUCCUUGACCACAAUGAAAUCUCCUGGUUUCAGGUUGUGGUGAGCAACACCUGCAAGGUUCAGCAGAGAAGACUUCACCCAUGGGAGUAGAGUCUUAAGAACACCGUUAAGAGAUACACAAUAAGCCACCAUGUCGUCCUUCAUUCCCUGAAGGGUUAACCUAUUUUGGGGGAAAGGAGUGGGGGCGUCCAGUUAGUACCUUGUGUGGGGAGAGACCAGUCACAGUGUGAGACCUACCUCACAUGCUCGUCAGUGCCAACGGGAGUGCUCUUACCCAGGUCAGACUUGGAAUGAUCUCUUGCAGGAGAGCUUUGGCCACAGUACACGCUAUGGCUCUUCGACAUGGAAAUGCCUCGACCCACUUGUAAAACAUAUGUGACCAACCGGCUCGAUUCGGUCUUAUGUAGCAAAAUUUGAAAGGGUGUUUUUUACAUAGGAUAAAAGUAGAGACUCAGAGCUAGAAAAUUGUCUCUCAUACGCUACAGUUGAGGAACAAUGGGAAAGUAAUUCUGCUUUGAAAGUUGAUAAUGAAAAUGGCCCUUGAAUGUUUUGGUACCUAAUGGAGAGCUCUUCUUUGUCUACACCAAUUCAGCAUCGUUCACAUCCUCUUAAGCUUUAUCCCCACCCAUCUCUUUAAGGAUUCACAUGUGAGGCUAUGUACUAAACAACCAAAGAUUUCAAGACUAAAGGCUGGUUUAUACUAGGUGUUCGUAAAUUUAAUCUGGGGUGCCAGAGUGCGCUCUGGGCGUUCGUAAACUCAGAGCGUUGUCAGAUUGUCCGUUCGUAAAUUCAGAGCGUUUUGCUCUCGGAGCAUUCAGAGCACACACUGGAUUAUUUCGCCGAGGAGUAUGGUUGAGCCAAGCAUUCUGACCUAACAACAGCAGUCAAGCACCCAAGCUAACUGGCUAACGUUGGCUAGCUUGCUAGCUAAUUCCAGACACAAAUGAGACAACAGCUCACUGACCAAUUUACUUGCCCUUCCAGAGCUGGUUAGGCUGUUUUUAUGUUAUCCAAAGCGUUGGUGACUGCAACUGUGCUGCUGGCAAAAAUAUUAUUACGCUUUUUUGCCAACGUUUACUGACAACGGCCAUAUUCAACGGGUGUUGAACGUUUGUAAAUUCGUCAGUUAUUAUGCGCUCUGGCACACUCAGACGAGAGUGCUCUGAAAUCGGAGUAGAUAGCCAGAGCGAAUUUACCAGCUACGUCUAUCGACAGUUGUCGCAGUGACAUCAUAAACAUUCUAUUGAAAUAGUUGCUUGCAUAGUAGAGUCUUUUGUUUAGACAUGUAGCUAGCUAGCUAAACAAUGAACCAUAAUCCCAACUCAUAAUCCCAACUAUAUGAAUCUGCAGGUAGCUAACCAACCAGGUUCAACGUUAGCUAGCUAACAUUAGGCUAUAACUAGCAAUGCAAAUAGUUCUGAGAUACAAAUAAUAUUACUACACAGAUCAUACAGUUGAAGUCGGAAGUUUACAUACACCUUAGCCAAAUACAUUUAAACUCAGUUUUUCACAGUUCCUGACAUUUCAUCCUAGUAAAAAUGCCCUGUCUUAGGUCAGUUAGGAUCACCACUUUAUUUUAAGAAUGUGAAAUGUCAGAAUAAUUGUAGAGAAUGAUUUAUUUCAGCUUUUAUUUAUUUCAUCACAUUCCCAGUGGGUCAGAAGUUUACAUACACUCAAUUAGUAUUUGGUAGCAUUGCCUUUAAAUUGUUUAACUUGGGUCAAAGAUUUUGGGUAGCCUUCCACAAGCUUCCCACAAUAAGUUUGGUGAAUUUUGGCCCACUUAAAAAGAUGAGAGAGGCCUGUAAUUUUCAUCAUAGGUACACGUCAACUAUGACAGACAAAAUGAGACAAAUAAAUCCAGAAAAUCACAUUGUAGGAUUUUUAAUGAAUUUAUUUGCAAAUUAUGGUGAAAAUAAGUAUUUGGUCAAUAACAAAAGUUUCUCAAUACUUUGUUAUAUACCCUUUGUUGGCAAUGACACAGGUCAAACGUUUUCUGUAAGUCUUCACAAGGUUUUCACACACUGUUGCUGGUAUUUUGGCCCAUUCCUCCAUGCCGAUCUCCUCUAGAGCAGUGAUGUUUUGGGGCUGUCGCUGGGCAACACGGACUUUCAACUCCCUCCAAAGAUUUUCUAUGGGGUUGAGAUCUGGAGACUGGCUAGGCCACUCCAGGACCUUGAAAUGCUUCUUACGAAGCCACUCCUUCGUUGCCCGGGCGGUGUGUUUGGGAUCAUUGUCAUGCUGAAAGACCCAGCCACGUUUCAUCUUCAAUGCCCUUGCUGAUGGAAGGAGGUUUUCACUCAAAAUCUCACGAUACAUGGCCCCAUUCAUUCUUUCCUUUACACGGAUCAGUCGUCCUUGUCCCUUUGCAGAAAAACAGCCCCAAAGCAUGAUGUUUCCACCCCCAUGCUUCACAGUAGGUAUGGUGUUCUUUGGAUGCAACUCAGCAUUCUUUGUCCUCCAAACACAACGAGUUGAGUUUUUACCAAAAAGUUCUAUUUUGGUUUCAUCUGACCAUAUGACAUUCUCCCAAUCUUCUUCUGGAUCAUCCAAAUGCACUCUAGCAAACUUCAGGGGCCUGGACAUGUACUGGCUUAAGCAGGGGGACACGUCUGGCACUGCAGGAUUUGAGUCCCUGGCGGCGUAGUGUGUUACUGAUGGUAGGCUUUGUUACUUUGGUUCCAGCUCUCUGCAGGUCAUUCACUAGGUCCCCCCGUGUGGUUCUGGGAUUUUUGCUCACCGUUCUUGUGAUCAUUUUGACCCCACGGGGUGAGAUCUUGCGUGGAGCCCCAGAUCGAGGGAGAUUAUCAGUGGUCUUGUAUGUCUUCCAUUUCCUAAUAAUUGCUCCCACAGUUGAUUUCUUCAAACCAAGCUGCUUACCUAUUGCAGAUUCAGUCUUCCCAGCCUGGUGCAGGUCUACAAUUUUGUUUCUGGUGUCCUUUGACAGCUCUUUGGUCUUGGCCAUAGUGGAGUUUGGAGUGUGACUGUUUGAGGUUGUGGACAGGUGUCUUUUAUACUGAUAACAAGUUCAAACAGGUGCCAUUAAUACAGGUAACGAGUGGAGGACAAAGGAGCCUCUUAAAGAAGAAGUUACAGGUCUGUGAGAGCCAGAAAUCUUGCUUGUUUGUAGGUGACCAAAUACUUAUUUUCCACCAUAAUUUGCAAAUAAAUUCAUAAAAAAUCCUACAAUGUGAUUUUCUGGAAUUUUUUUUCUCAUUUUGUCUGUCAUAGUUGAUGUGUACCUAUGAUGAAAAUAACAGGCCUCUCUCAUCUUUUUAAGUGGGAGAAUUUGCACAAUUGGUGGCUGACUAAACACUUUUUUCCCCCACUGUAAAUGCUUCACAAUUUGAGUUGUCCUUCUAGGUUUCGUGGAUGUUGUGUUUCCUCCCGGAUGCGUCCCACAGAGGAGGUCUGGUCCGGGUGGGUCUUCGUCCUCUUUGGUGAGACGAGAAUGCGCCACUGGUGUUCCCUCUCAGACCUUCACUGAUGGAUCAUGUCAAGAAGAUCAAACAUCCUGUUUCGUGACGCCAGAAUUGUUGUGGAAAUUCACUACUAAGGACUCAGAUUCAAAGUAAAUUAUGCAAUCUUUAUUAUCACGGCCGGAGAGGUUCACAAACGCAAUACAAGCCUGAUGAAACUCUGAAAAGGGGCGCUCACUCUACACAAACAAGUCAUAUAAGCAUGGUUGGUUCCUGCAUGAGACUGACUGAUACCACACCAGGCUUCUUACCUUAACUGAGAUACUCCUUAUAGUUCCAAGAGCAAUGUUCUGGGCGUACUUCCAAAUUGGUUAUCAGUGAUAGUGUGAAUUCCCCCUUCGUACAAUCAGUCAGUCACUCGCAUGAACCCAUUUGCAUGACAAUACCGGCUGACAAAAUUUCAUGACCACCACAGCCCUAUCCUAAAUCAGCACUGCGCUGUGUUGUACUACAGUGUACUGUAGUAGUGAGUAAUGUUGAAUGUCACAAUCUAGGUCUAAUGUAGAGGUGGGACUGUGAGCCUUUUCCCUCUGCGCCUGAGUUGUAGAGGCGGAGGGUGUGUUCUGUGUUCUUGCUGGGAACGACCCUGGCACUCUGCCCACCCCUGUGUUGAGUUUGCUCUCUUGCUCUCUCUCUUCAGUCUCUUGUGUAAGAGACCAAAGGUUAGGGUAAGCUUAGUAGAGGAGGCUGGGCUCAGGGGCUUGGCUACUUCCAAAUGAUCUGUCCUUCCUCCCAAAGUGUGCACUUGUUCGCUACUUCCCACAAAUUUAAAAGCAUUGGAUUGGUGUAGGCAUGGGCUAGCUGGAGUUUCCAUAUACCAGUCAUUUCCUUUCAAAUCCAUGAAGGAAAGUGAUCAUGGGGACUCACCCAGUGUCCUGCAUUCCUUCCUUCGUCCUCUCCUUCCUUCACUCUCUCUCUGAUUAUCUCUGUCUCUUUCUCUAUCUCCCUCUCUCCCACUCUCUCUCUCUCUCUCCUACUCUCUCUCUCUCUCUCUGUGUCCCUCUGUCUCCCCCCCCCCAUCUGUCCCUCUCUUUUUUUAACCUUCUGCCUCUUUCUGUUCCGGCUCUCUUCCAACGGCACUGUUUUAGAUGGGGGGGGGAAAUCGAUAGUUACAUAUCGCAAUAUUAUUUUUGGACAAUAUUAUAUGGAUAUUUGACUCAAAGUAUAUAUAGCGUUAGGUAGCGCUAGUCGGCUGUACCUGCGCCAAAACACCAAUAUUUUUCAUCCUAUAGCUUGUUCUCCAUCUUCUUUUUAAAUAGUGAGCCAGCAUGUUUUCAGCACUUUCAUUUCCCUGAAAGAUCAAAACUUGUUUUCUCAUGCUCUCUUUUGUCUCUCUGCAGCAGACAUAUAGUGAGCAAUAUGUUUGGAACAUCAAAUCGCAAUAAAAUCGCAGUAUCGAAUCGCAAUACAUAUAGAAUCGUGAGAAUCGCAAUACUUAUCGUAUCGGCACCUAAGUAUCGUGAUAAUAUCGUAUCGUGAGGCCCCUGGCAAUUCCCAGCCCAACACAGUGGCUGCUCUUAUUUGAAGCUUUUCUUAAUCUCUCUGUGAGCUUGAAUUGGAAAUCUGUGGGUGCGGGUGCGUGUGUUUGCAUUAGAUUGUACGGGGUGGGGGGAGUUGUAUCUGAUGGGACGGGCUAUGCUGAGCGGUAUUGCAUGUGGAUUGGUUGGAGCACAGUGCCAGCAGCAGCAGCGUAGAGCGAGCGAGUGGCUGUUGAGCCAGACAGAGAGAGUAGUGUCACUUUGAGCUUGGCAUGCAUGCUUUCUGUUUAUGUAAGUGUAUUGGUCUGUGUGUGUAGCUGGCAGUGUCCUUCCUUAGCACAGGCAGCAGUGUCUUUCUAGCGUGCCUCGAUGAUAGUCAGUCAGUGAGAGAGUGAGUAGAAAGAGAGAGAGAGAGAGAGGGCUGCAUUUUUUUGUCUCUUCCCUGCCCCUGCACUAGCACCACAGGAUAGAACACUGAGGAUAGAACACUGCAUCAAUCCAAUAGGGACGCCAUGUACCCAACCGACGAGACGGUUACGGUAAGACCGCUGGUUACACACACACACACACACACACACACACACACACACACACACACACACACGUUAUGUUCUUCUAUUGUCCUGGGGACCUAAAAUUAGUUAACCAAUUUUUCCUAACCCUAAUUGUAACCCUAAACCUAACCCCUAAGCUUAAAAUAGCCUUUAUCCUCAUGGGGACGUGGGAAAUGUCCCCACGUGGGAGAAUUUUCCUUGUUUUACUAUCCUUGUGGGGACUUUUGGGGAUUUUAGGUCCCCACAAGGAUAGAAGAACACACACACACACACACACACAACACACAAACACAAACACACACACACACACACAACACACACACCAAACAGGAACAACACACAGAAACGUCAACACAGAACUUAGGCUAGUUUGUCUUUCGUGUGAUCUGUUUUUAAACUAUUUUGUAUGGACUGUGUAUAAUUAUAUUACCUCUGCUUGCAAACCAAAUUACCCUCUGGGGACAAUCAAGUUGUAUUGAUUGGCAAUUGGCAAUACAAUUGACAAAACAUACCACAGAGAGGGGCACAUUAAUACUUGACAUACCAGUAGAAAAUGAUGUCAAGUUUAUUUCUCAACUCCUAAUAUUGAGCAAAUUACACUCAUUGGAGCUAAUUACACUCACUGGAGUAUCUGACAUAGCCUUUGAAAAAGCACCCGCAAGUACCAGUGCAACUGGCUGCUGGUAAGCUUUCUUGACAUUCAUUUUUGCCAACACAUGGCUAACCUUUGUUUAGCCAGCUUAACAGCUGCUAUUAGCGAAAAAGUAGCUAAUAGGCUAUGUUAGAGUUUAUACUUCCUCUUCCAAUUAUAAUGUGGAGAGGUCAAAAUUAUGAAAAACUAUCAACCAAAUCUAUUCAUUUUAAAAUGUUGCUUACUUCUCCUUGCCAUUAUGCUUCACCUGACGAUAUGACAAGUGUUUUGCUAACAUAUGAUGGGGGUCCCUGGGUCACCGAUUUGCCUGGGCGGGGUCCCUGGGCAAGAAAAGGUUGAAGACCCCUGUUUAAGCAGACGCUCUUAUCCAGAACGACUUUCAGUCAGUGAAUUCAACUAACUUUAGUAGUUUACUUCAUCACAAAGCAAACAGAUGCACAACAAGCCACUGAUGCCAGCUGGGGCUUUCAAAUUAAAGUAUACUGUCUCUCUGCACUCUGUGAGCACUAGACCAUUAUGUUUAUUGGCCUGAAGUAUUUUAUAAUACUUAAUUUGUGACAUAAAAUACCACAUUAUUACACACAAGCUCUGUAAGCAUGUAUACAUGUAACUUUGAGCUUAGUAGUGCUAUACAUGCAUGCAUUGCACACACACAUUAUGCUAUACACAAAUGCAUUGCACACACACCUAGUGCUAUACAUGCAUUGCACACACACACACACACGCAGAGUCACCAUACACGCACACACAACAUACACACAAGCAGUUGAUCUGGCUGCUAUGCGUUUGAGUAGGGCUUAAACCCAUCCAGCACUACAGACUGGUCCUAUUGUUUAACUAUUUAUUCUUUAACGUCACAAUCACAGUUCGUAGAAUUCCUUGAAAGAUAAGAGGACUAUUUAUAUAUAUACUAUAUACUUAUAAGAUCUGCUGCACAUCAAUAAGCAAUGACUGACUGGGCGCUUGAGAUUGAUGGUUUGAUCUUGUCUUGAGAGGGAUGAUUGCAUGGCAUGCCGCGGGACAGUGACUAAGCUACGAGGGUGUGUGUGUGUGUGUGUGUGUGUGUGUGUGUGUGUGCUAAGCGCUUGCCAUGCCAUAUUACAUAAGCGGCCCGGGAUGAGCUGAGGCUAUGUAACAUUUGUUUGGACAGCUGGCUGGUGAGAAUAGCCUGGAGGCAGCGGUGGUGGGGGUGUAAAAAUAAUAUGUUCUGGACAGAAUAUUUUGUAAUAUUGCUUUGUGGAUUUUAAUUUUAUUGUUGCGCAGGAGAGGGGAGGGAGAGAGAGGGAAUCACAAAUUUUACUGCAGUUGAUAUGAUGCAGCUUUGAGUUUUAGUGUCUGCGACUGGGUCUCCUUUGUUGUUUAUCCAUUAUUUUAUUGGUGCUGUAAGUAUUAGCUGGUGAUAAACAAAUGUCCCCUUUGCAGAAUAAUAGUGCUAUCUUGGGAUGAUUUCAUGAAUUAAUCAUUGGGUGACUGGUUCCAUAUAAAAGUCCAUAAAUGCUGCCAGCUCAGGCUGAAAUAAUGCUUAUAAAGAAGCCUUUUAUAUGGGGCUUGUCUGUGAGAUGGUACUCUAGUCUAUGGAUGCGUCCCAAAUCGCACCCUACACCCUUAUACUGGUGGCGUCAGCUAGGCUUGUGGUUGUUCUUGUAUAUGGAAAUAGACCCCAGGCAAAGACCCUCAGUGUGCGUGUGAUGAGGUGUCCACCGCCAUCACACGCUUCCAGAACCUGACCGAUAUAGCGGUUCACCGAUGUUAUUGGCCGAUAAUUCAACGGAUAACCAAUCAAUAAAUAGGAAGAAAAAAGGGAAUCUCAUGCUUCUCUGAACACUUGCAGCCAUUCUCAUGAUGUCAUUAUUGUCACAAUGAAUGAAAUAAACAUUUGAAGCAUAGUUAUUGGACAAUUGCUCUUUCCGAUAUCAAUUUAUGAGAAUUCAGUGUGGGAAAAUUACACUUAUUAAUUACCCUGCUGUAAAACCGUAUAUCCGCAGAUAUACAGUGGGGGGAAAAAAGUAUUUAGUCAGCCACCAAUUGUGCAUGUUCUCCCACUUAAAAAGAUGAGAGGCCUGUAAUUUUCAUCAUACGUACACGUCAACUAUGACAGACAAAAUGAGAUUUUUUUUCUCUCCAGAAAAUCACAUUGUAGGAUUUUUUAUGAAUUUAUUUGCAAAUGAUGGUGGAAAAUAAGUAUUUGGUCAAUAACAAAAGUUUCUCAAUACUUUGUUAUAUACCCUUUGUUGGCAAUGACACAGGUCAAACGUUUUCUGUAAGUCUUCACAAGGUUUUCACACACUGUUGCUGGUAUUUUGGCCCAUUACUCCAUGCAGAUCUCCUCUAGAGCAGUGAUGUUUUGGGGCUGUCGCUGGGCAACACGGACUUUCAACUCCCUCCAAAGAUUUUCUAUGGGGUUGAGAUCUGGAGACUUGCUAGGCCACUCCAGGACCUUGAAAUGCUUCUUACGAAGCCACUCCUUCGUUGCCCGGGCGGUGUGUUUGGAUCAUUGUCAUGCUGAAAGACCCAGCCACGUUUCAUCUUCAAUGCCCUUGCUGAUGGAAGGAGGUUUUCACUCAAAAUCUCACGAUACAUGGCCCCAUUCAUUCUUUCCUUUACACGGAUCAGUCGUCCUGGUCCCUUUGCAGAAAAACAGCCCCAAAGCAUGAUGUUUCCACCCCCAUGCUUCACAGUAGGUAUGGUGUUCUUUGGAUGCAACUCAGCAUUCUUUGUCCUCCAAACACGACGAGUUGAGUUUCAUCUGACCAUAUGACAUUCUCCCAAUCCUCUUCUGGAUCAUCCAAAUGCACUCUAGCAAACUUCAGACGGGCCUGGACAUGUACUGGAUUAAGCAGGGGGACACGUCUGGCACUGCAGGAUUUGAGUCCCUGGCGGCGUAGUGUGUUACUGAUGGUAGGCUUUGUUACUUUGGUCCCAGCUCUCUGCAGGUCAUUCACUAGGUCCCCCUGUGUGGUUCUGGGAUUUUUGUGAUCAUUUUGACCCCACGGGGUGAGAUCUUGCGUGGAGCCCCAGAUCGAGGGAGAUUAUCAGUGGUCUUGUAUGUCUUCCAUUUCCUAAUAAUUGCUCCCACAGUUGAUUUCUUCAAACCAAGCUGCUUACCUAUUGCAGAUUCAGUCUUCCCAGCCUGGUGCAGGUCUACAAUUUUGUUUCUGGUGUCCUUUGACAGCUCUUUGGUGUUGGCCAUAGUGGAGUUUGGAGUGUGACUGUUUGAGGUUGUGGACAGGUGUCUUUUAUACUGAUAACAAGUUCAAACAGGUGCCAUUAAUACAGGUAACGAGUGGAGGACAGAGGAGCCUCUUAAAGAAGAAGUUACAGGUCUGUGAGAGCCAGAAAUCUUGCUUGUUUGUAGGUGACCAAAUACUUAUUUUCCACCAUAAUUUGCAAAUAAAUUCAUUAAAAAUCCUACAAUGUGAUUUUCUGGAAAAGAAAAUCUCAAUUUGUCUGUCAUAGUUGACGUGUACCUAUGAUGAAAAUUACAGGCCUAUCUGAUCUUUUUAAGUGGGAGAACUUGCACAAUUGGUGGCUGACUAAAUACUUUUUUCCCCCACUGUAUUGGUAUUGGUAAGUUUUGUCCCCUAAAAAAUUGGAAUCGGUACGGACCCAAACAAUCAUAUCCUUUGUGUUCUACACACCUCCUGUUUUCAAGGAAGACAGAGCCUAACCAAAUCAAUUAUUGAGCAGCACUAUACACACCGCCAAGUCAUUCAGUGACUCAAACUUAAGGGCAAGUGCAAGCAAGCAGAGGCGGACCUCAUUCCUCACAUCAGAAAAUGAGGAAUUACAGAGAACACUGUCAUUCUUAACAGAUUUCAACAAUGCCUAAUUUAUCAUAAUCAUUACACAUAAAACAUUCUAAUUGCCCCAUAUACAGUUGAAGUCGGAAGUUUACAUACACCUUAGCCAAAUAUAUUUAAACUCAGUUUUUCACAAUUCCUGACAUUUGAUCCUAGUAAAUAUUGCCUGUCUUAGGUCAGUUAGGAUCACCACUUUAUUUUAAGAAUGUGAAAUAUCAGAAUAAUAGUAUAGAUAAUUAUUUAUUUCAGCUUUUAUUUCUUUCAUCACAUUCCCAGUGGGUCAGAAGUUUACAUACACUCAAUUAGUAUUUGGUAGCAUUGCCUUUAAAUUGUUUAACUUGGGUCAAACGUUUCAGGUAGCCUUCCAUGAGCUUCCCACAAUAAGUUGGGUGACUUUUGGCCCAUUCCUCCUGACAGAGCUGGUGUAACUGAGUCAGGUUUAUAGGCCUCCUUGCUCGCACACACUUUUUCAGUUCUGCCCACACAUUUUUUAUAGGAUUGAGGUCAGGGCUUUGUGAUGGCCACUCCAUUACCUUGACCUUGUUGUCCUUAAGCCAUUUUGCCACAACUUUGGAAGUAUGCUUGGGGUCAUUGUCCAUUUGGAAGACCCGUUUGCGACCAAGCUUUAACUUCCUGACUGAUGUCUUGAGAUGUUGCUUCAAUAUAUCCACAUAAUUUUCCUUCCUCAUGAUGCCAUCUAUUUUGUGAAGUGCACCAGGCCCUCCUGCAGCAAAGCACCCCCACAGCAUGAUGCUGCCACCCCCGUGCUUCACGGUUGGGAUGGUGUUCUUCGGCUUGCAAGCAUUCCCCUUUUUCUUUCAAACAUAACGAUGGUCAUUAUGGCCAAACAGUUCUAUUUUUGUUUCAUCAGACCAGAGGACAUUUCUCAAAAAAGUACGAUCUUUAUCCCUAUGUGCAGUUGCAAACCGUAGUCUGGCUUUUUUAUGGUGAUUUUGGAGCAGUGGCUUCUUCCUUGCUGAGCGGCCUUUCAGGUUAUGUUGAUAUAGGACUCGUUUUACUGUGGAUAUAGAUACUUUUGUACCUGUUUCCUCCAGCAUCUUCACAGGGUGCUUUGCUGUUGUUCUGGGAUUGAUUUGUACUUUUCGCGCCAAAGUACGUUCAUCUCUAGGAGACAGAACGCGUCUCCUUCCUGAGCGGUAUGACGGCUGCGUGGUCCCAUGUUGUUUAUACUUGCGUACUAUUUCCAAGCUGUUUAAAGGCACAGUCAACUUAGUGUAUGUAAACUUCUGACCCACUGGAAUUGUGAUACAGUCAAUUAUAAGUUAAAUAAUCUGUCUGUAAACAAUUGUUGGAAAAAUUACUUGUGUCAUGCACAAAGUAGAUGUCCUAACCGACUUGCCAAAACUAUAGUUUGUUAACAAGAAAUGUGUGGAGUGGUUGAAAAACGAAUUUUAAUGACUCCAGCCUAAGUGUAUGUAAACUUCCGACUUCAACUGUAUAUUCAGUCAAUAAAAAAGAUUAGUAACUGGUUAUAUUAUAUUGUGGAACACAAUCUUCAAAAAGGCAGUGACCUCAGCAGUGGCGCUUGCUUGUAGAAGCCUAUGGCUGUGCAAUGGCAUAGCCUUGUUUUUGUUAAUUUAGCAGACAAGACACUCUUAUUUCCCGAGCCCACAGUCAAGUCGGAUCUAUUUUAUUGUAAAUAAAAACUUGAUGUAAUAUAACAGAAUAUUUUUCCAAAUGAAAAAUGUUGCCAGUGCGCAGUGAUACGCAUCUCUUAUGCCUGGAACAGUUAUACUCAAAGAGUGAUCAUUUGAAACGGGGCUCAAACCAAAAUCUCUUUUCGAUAUACAGACGUUCGAUUUAGUUUUUUCUGAUUGUUCUUUGGAAAUGUCAAAUGGAUCAAAGUAAUGAUUUUGCAUAUUUUCAGUGUGGAAUCUGUCUAUAUUUAAGACUUAUAAGACUUAUAAAUAAGACUGCUAUAUAGCUAAUCAAAUUGCUACCCAGACUAUCUGCAUUGAACAUUUUUUGCACUAACUCUUGCACUGACUCUAUGCACACACACUGGACUCACACACUCACACAUAAAGUGGCUUGUGAAAGUAUUCACCCCCUAGGCAUUUUUCCUAUUUUGUUGUCUUACAACCUGGAAUUAAAAUUGAUUUUUUAAAUCAAUUGAUUUACACAACAUGCCUACCACUUUUUGAAGAUACAAAACAUUUUUUUAUUGUGAAACAAACCAGAAAUAAGCCAAAAAAACUGAAAACUUGAGCGUGCAAGUCUCUUGGGGUAUGUCUCUAUAAGCUUGGCACAUCUUGCCACUGGGAUUUUUGCCCAUUCUUCAAGGCAAAACUGCUCCAGCUCCUUCAAGUUGGAUGGGUUCCGCUGGUGUACAGCAAUCUUUAAGUCAUACCACAGAUUCUCAAUUGGAUUGAGGUCUUGGCUUUGACUAGGCCAUUUGGACUAUUUUGUGUAUGUCCAUUACAUGAAAUGCAAAUAAAAAUCAAUUUAAAUUACAGGUUGUAAUGCAACAAAAUAGGAAAAACGCCAAGUGGGAUGAAUACUUUUGCAAGGCACUGUACUUACACUGACACCCCAACACACAAACACAUGCACACACACUGCAUACGCCUACACACACACACUGCAUACGCCUACGCACACAACACAACAUGCACACACAUGCAUACUGACACCACACACACACACACACACUUUCACACUCACCACAUACGCUGCUGCUAGUUACUUUACCCCUACCUAUAUGUAAAGUACAUAGCUACCUCAAUUACCUUGUACCCCUGCACAUCGAGUCGGUACUGGUACUCCCUGUAUAUAGUCAUGUUAUUUUCUACUCCCUAUACAUGUUAUUUUUACUCGUUAUUAUUCGUUAUUCACUGUGUCACUAUUUAAAUGUGUUAUUUUUUAUCUUAUCUUUAACUCUGCAUUGUUGAAAAAGGACCCGUAAGUAAACAUUUCACUGUUAGCCUACACCUGUUGUCUACAAAGCAUGUGACAAAUAAUAUUUGAUUUGAUGCAGAUAAUCACCAAAAAGCAGAAGUAGCCAAAUGAGCGUCUCUCUCACCGAUGCGAUUCGGUUCAUGAUGUUCACCUAAAAGACCUGCUCAAAAAGAACCGUCACUAGGCUACACUGACGAGUCACUUUAGCGGCCACUGGCGAGUCUCGAAAUGGGCUUCAAAUCCUAGGAAAAUAUAAACAAGAUAUUUGGUUUACUUGUCCCGAUGCGAUGCCAUGGACAUAUAUAACUACAUUGUAUGAUUUAUGGAUAGCAAAGGCAUAUAGGAUAUUGACUUUAUUCGGUCAGUUCGACACCUUUUUUAAACUAGUCACACUUGCUGUUCGGUCGUCAAUCAAAGCACAGUAAGUAGCCUAUGCGCUCCAACUCCGUGGCUGAUUAUAUGAAACACGCGAAAGAAAAUAAAUGAAUGUGCCACCAAAUAAUAAUUACGUGGAUUUCAACUCAUCGUUACCACUUACAUUACAUGGGACGUGUAAAUUCAUUCACAGGAGACGAUGAAGAAGCAUCAUGCUCUCCCUUCAUGAAAAUAAAUUCUACCACAGCGCACAAAAAUAACAUAGGUGCUGAGAGGUGGGACAGACAGCAGUAUUUCCUGUCAUCGCUCCCUUUGUGACUGACAAGCACCUGUUCUAGCAAUAGAUCACUAGAUGAUGCAUAUCGUUCAUUCUAGCAGGAGAAGGCUAUACAGACUUUUCUGACGUUUAAGUUAAAAGAAGCCUAGUUAAUUUAUGACGUGGAAAAAGUAUGGAAAACACUGGCACUUAUGGGAAACACUGUACUUCAUGUACUUAGGGAAAACACUGACUACUUUUGACCAGGGCCUGUAGGGCUCUGUGGAUGCUUUCAAAAGCCUAGUUGCCUUUUAUGAUUCUUUUAGAUUGUCUUUAUCAGUGAACAACAUUUAUGAAUCGAACUCUAACAUUGGUCUUUAUACCAGUUUCAAGUGCAGAUUCACACAAUCUAGACUAGACAUCACAGCCUUAUACAAGACCUAUCAUCCAGUGGCCAAUCGGUGCUGAGGCAGAGCUAAGGAUCAUGGGAUAUCCCUUAUUUCACUGCGGACCGAUGAACAGACUAGUCUCUUCAUCCCGCGACCCUUGACCUUGUGUGGUCAUAUUAACGCUCCAGCUUGACGCCUCUAAUUCAUUCACUCCACACUCCAGAAGAUCUGCUUCCCAAAUGGCACCCUAUUCCAUUUAUAGUGCACUACGUUUGACGAGGGCCCUGGUCAAAACUAGUGCACUAUGUAGGGAAUAGGGUACCAUUUGGGACUCAGAUCCUCUGGAGUGUGGAGUAAGAUGGAUCUUCCUCAUUAUGCCCGUGGCAGUGAACCAGUGACACUAGCAGUUGGGGCUGAUGAUGAUGACGUCUAUGAAAAUCUCAGAAUCUCACUCUCUUAGCCAGGGAUGGGCACCUGGCGACCCAGGCCCACAGAUCAAUUUCCCAAAAAAUAUACAGUACCAGUCAAAAGUUUGGACACACCUACUCAAUCAAGGGUUUUUCUUUAUUUUUACUAUUUUCUACAUUGUAGAAUCAUGUAGUAACCAAAACAUUCCUUACUGCGUUUGAGCCAAUCAGUUGUGUUGUAACAAGGUAGGGGUGGUAUACAGAAGAUAGCCCUAUUUGGUAAACGACCAAGUCCAUAUUAUGGCAAGAACAGCUCAAAUGAUCGAAGAGAAAUGACAGUCCAUCAUUACUUUAAGACAUGAAGGUCGGUCAAUAUGGAACAUUUCAAGAACCUUUAAUGUUUCUUCAAGUGCAGUCACAAAAACCAUCAAGCACUAUGAUGAAACUGGCUCUCAUGAGGACCGCCACAGGAAAGGAAGACCCAGAGUUACCUCUGCUGCAGAGGAUAAGUUCAUUAGAGUUACCAGCUCAGAAAUUGCAGCCCAAAUAAAUGCUUCACAGAGUUCAAGUAACAGACACAUCUCAACAUCAACUGUUCAGAGGAGACUGCGUGAAUCAGGCCUUCAUGGUCGAAUUGCUGCAAAGAAACCACUACUAAUGGACACCAAUAAGAAGAAGAGACUUGCUUGGGCCAAGAAACACGAGCAUUGGACAUUAGACCGGUGGAAAUCUGUCCUUUGGUCUGAUGAGUCCAAAUGUGAGAUCUUUGUUUUCAACCACCGUGUCUUUGUGAGACGCAGAGUAGGUGAACGGAUGAUCUCUGCAUGUGUGUUUCCCACCGUGAAGCAUGGAGGAGGAGGUGUGAUGGUGUGGGGGUGCUUUGCUGGUGACACUGUCUGUGAUUUAUUUAGAAUUCAAGGCACACUUAACCAGCAAGGCUACCACAGCAUUCUGCAGCGAUACGCCAUCCCAUCUGGUUUGUGCUUAGUGGGACUCUCAUUUGUUUUUCAACAGGACAAUGACCCAACACAUCUCCAGGCUGUGUAAGGGCUAUUUGACCAAGAAGGAGAGUGAUGGAGUGCUGCAUCAGAUGACCUGGCCUCCAAAAUCACCCGACCUCAACCCAAUUGAGAUGGUUUGGGAUGAGUUGGACCACAGAGUGAAGUAAAAGCAGCCAACAAGUGCUCAGCAUAUGUGGUAACUCCUACAAGACUGUUGUAAAAACAUUCCAGGUGAAGCUGGUUGAGAGAAUGCCAAGAGUGUGCAAAGCUGUCAUCAAGGGAAAGGGUGGCUACUUUGAAGAAUCUCAAAUAUAAAAUAUAUGAUUCCAUAUGUGUUAUUUCAUAGUUUUGAUGUCUUCACUAUUAUUCUACAAUGUAGAAAAAAGUAAAAAAGUAAAAAUAAAGAACAACCCAGGAAUGAGUACAUUUUACAUUUACAUUUGAGUCAUUUAGCAGACGCUCUUAUCCAGAGCGACUUACAGUUAGUGAGUGCAUACAUUAUUAUUAUUUUUUGUUUUAAAAAAAUUCAUACUGGCCCCCCGUGGGAAUCGAACCCACAACCCUGGCGCUGCAAAUGCCAUGCUCUACCAACUGAGCUACAUCCAAAGUGGUGUCCAAAGUUGACUGGUACUGUAUGUAUUUAAAAAUAUUUGUUUAGGAACUCAGUCGGGGUCUCAACUUACUGUUGAGUUAGCAUAGUAGAAUACACAAGGUGCAAUUUCGAAAUUUGGUUGUGCAUCAGCAGUUUUUCUCUUCUGUAAUCACUCAAUUAGCCUAGCCCAUGUCAGCUAACAUUUUUUAGAUUGGUAAUUUAGCAACAAAAUGUCACUUAGGACCCCCAAAAGGCUACGACUGGCUCUGACUGCAUGUGUGGUAUAGAUGUGGGUACGCAGACCCGUGAGCCACAGCAGCCCCUCAUGAUGAGUUCAGAUUUUUUGUGGCCCCCACCCCCAUCAAAGUUGCCCAUCCCUAUUCUAGGCUGUCUGAAAUUCUAGGCCUUUGUGAUUGAAAGAUAAAACCAAGUCAAUCAAGCUGCAGACAGAAACAGUAACACUCAAUCACAGAACUCAGCUCAGAAAGUGACUUGUCUGUGUCUGCUGUCUGAUUGGUUUACUGUCAGGUCCCUCCUGGUCAAAUCUCCUCACCCCUUCUUACCCCUGACUGUCAGUGCAUGACUCAAUCUUAGAUCACAUUACUAGAUUAUUCUAUUAGGCUUGCCUUCAUUCUCCUCUUCCUCUUGAUCCUUGUGAGUCUUCUAUGGUGCUACUGCACCACACAGUGUCCAUUCUGUGCCUAGUUCAUCUCUGAGCCUUUUGGUAGCAGCCCUAAUCCUUUGGGACAUUAUCUGUGUUCAGAGGCACUGCAGUGUGAGAGUAGGUCAGUCUGCAGCGCAGCCUCUCCCUCUCUCACCAACAACUCAGUACUGGCUGGCUGGCUAAUGUGGGUUAGCUUAGAAGCCCGUAGUCGGACUCCCCUGAGAGAGUCAUUGAUCAUCGCAGAGCAGGCAGAGUUCCUAUUUUAACCGGCCUGCCUGGGCCUUACUGCACAGAGAGAGGGAGAGAGAGACCCAGAAAACAGGCCAACUCUGUUGCUCCACUUCCUCAGAAUCUACAGUUAGUACACCUCUCUCUCUCUGACCCAUUUCAUACUCAUCUUCUCCCUGUCUUAAACAGCAUCAUGUAUCAACCUGUCCCCCUCUUCUGAAAGAAUGAAUAAAACAAGUAAGGGAACAUUUAUCUCCUCAAGCAACAGUAAGAUUUAAAAGAAAAAGCCACGUGUCCGUCCUCCCUAUCCACAGGCACAUGUUAUAACAGCACACCCGUGCCUUUAAUACAGGAGGAGAGAGGAAUGGUAUGAGGAAGGGAACACACAACUAUCACUGUGUUCCAAAUGGCACCCUGUUCCCUAUACAGUCCACUACUUUUGUCCACAGCCCUAUGGGCCCUGCUCAAAAGUAGUGCACUUUAGGGAAUAGGGUGCUAUUUGGGAUGCAGCUUGGGCCAAGUCAGAUCCCACACAGCCAGCCAGUGGCAUGUCAAGACCUCGCCUACUAAAAACCUUUGAGGCAGGGAGAACAGAGGGAUUUAAGAGUGCCAACCUGUUGGAUUAAAAGUAAAUGACUCACAGUAAUUCAUAACCAGUAGUUGCCCCACCUCACCAAGGUGGACUAAAACAACUCGAUAUCCUUAGCGGAGGCCCUUAGAACAGGAUAGUGGUGAGUAGUGCGAGGGUAUGCACAGCUCUAGUAACACCACCGUUAUUUUAACGCCAUAUACCAUUUAUCAGCGGCUCAACAAAGAAAUGGACGAGGAGAAAUAG